AUGGUAAAGAGAUUCAAGAUAUGGGUCUACAAAGAAGGAGAAAAGCCCAUAGUCCAUAGUGGGCCCAUGAAACAUAUCUAUUCCAUUGAGGGCCAGUUCAUUGAUGAAAUGGAAAAUGGAAAGAGCCCAUUUUUGGCCCGCAAUCCUGAUGAGGCCCAUGCAUUUUUUCUGCCGAUCAGUGUGGCUUACAUUGUUGAGUACAUCUACUUGCCUAUCACCACCUAUCAUCGCGAAAGACUGAUAAGAAUCUUCAAGGAUUAUGUUACAGUCAUAGAAAAUAAAUACCCUUUUUGGAACAGAAGCAGAGGUGGUGACCAUUUUAUGGUUUCUUGCCAUGAUUGGGCACCACAAGUCUCGAGAGAUGACCCAGAACUAUACAAGAAUCUGAUAAGAGUAAUGUGUAACGCCAACGUUUCUGAAGGAUUCCAGCCUAGAAGAGAUGUUACAUUGCCGGAGCUGAACUGCCCCCCAUCAAAACUCCGUCCAAUCUGCCAUGGCUUAGCCCCUAAAGAACGAGAGAUCUUUGCAUUUUUUGCAGGUAGGGCACACGGAGACAUACGCAAAAUCUUGCUUAAGCAAUGGAAGGAAAAAGAUGAUGAGAUUCAAGUUCAUGAAUACUUAGCGAAGGAUCAAGAUUACAUGAAAUUGAUGGGACAAAGCAAGUUUUGUCUGUGCCCUAGUGGUUUUGAAGUAGCUAGUCCUAGAGUGGUGGAGUCAAUUUAUUCAGGAUGUGUCCCCGUUAUUAUUUGUGACCAUUAUAAUUUACCUUUCAGUGAUGUUCUUGACUGGAGCAAAUUCUCGGUACAAAUUCCAGUGGAGAAAAUUCCUGAAAUUAAGACAAUUUUGAAAGGUAUUUCAGAUGGUGAGUACCUGAAAAUGCAGAAGAGGGUGAGGAGAGUGCAAAGGCAUUUUGUCCUAAACCGACCAGCCAAGCCAUUUGAUGUAAUUCAUAUGGUGCUUCACUCAGUUUGGCUUAGGAGGCUUAACAUUAGGGUGCCUUAUUGA